UCUUUAUUUACAUAGCUGAUAUAUUUAGGUAGUUUUUACAUGAUUCAAAUUCUUUACGUAACCUCUGUUAUCUAAUACUUUUACUAUAUUUUGAGUGGUAGUAUGGCUCCGCACGCUGGUUCUUUAUUGUAAAAUUAAAGUAAUUAAAUUCGGAACUAUUUAUCUCCUAUUUAGUAAUUGUUGUGUUAGUUAUCUCUGAUAGAUAAAACUGAUUUGAUAACCCAUCGUCCAGGGGUCACCAAUUUAAGUUUAUCGUCUGUAACAUAAACAUGUUUAACAGUUCUACAUAUAGUCUAUUAAUUUAAUACGACACAAUCAGUAUCGGGUUCGCCUUUCAGUGGAACUCACAUCUUUGUUUAUAAAUUGCCGUGCCGAGUGCUAUCGAUUCAUUGGACCAUUCGCGUGAAGGACCUCGCGACCGGUUUGUGUUGUGCAUCUUGUGUGUAAUAUUGUGCUCAAUAGUUAUAUAUCAAGACUUACAUAAUUUUUUACAUUUUAAUCAGUGUAUUUUGCGAGAUUUGUUGCGCUGCGCAACAACGGUGACGUUUAUAUAGUAGUUCAAUUGAUUACCGACCUCGACCAUGUCUCAAAUAAAGUUGAUAAGCCGCGCUAGUCGCGUUUUGUCCGGCGCAGCGGUGCGGUCGGAGCUCAGCGAGGCAGUCUCUGUUCAGUCGCAACCACGACACACCACUAUCCGAACCAUGGCUAGCACACAGAACAAAACCCUCACAUUAGAAACACUAAAUCCCAACAUCAAGAAAUUGGAAUAUGCCGUGCGCGGACCUCUCGUCGCUCGAGCCGGUGAAAUCGAAAAGGAGCUAGAAAAGGGCGCACAGAAGCCGUUCAAGCGCGUUAUCAAGGCUAACAUCGGAGAUGCGCACGCUAUGGGGCAGCAGCCCAUCACCUUCAUCAGACAGGUGUUGGCUUGCGUGGUACAACCCGAGCUGAUCAAGACGGACCAAUUCCCCGCCGACGUGAAGCAGAGGGCGCAGGCCAUCCUCGAUGCUUGCGGCGGCAGCUCCGUGGGGUCGUACACGAUGUCGCACGGCAUCGAGCUGAUCCGGCGCCACGUGGCGCAGUACAUCGAGCGGCGCGACGGCCACGGCGCGCGCUGGCAGGACGUCGUGCUCACCGGCGGCGCCUCCAACGGCAUCAAGAACUGCCUGCAGCUGCUCUGCAACCAGGUCGGCGGCAAGGACUCCGGCGUGCUGAUCCCGAUCCCGCAGUACCCGCUGUACUCGGCGUCGCUGGCGGAGUACGGGCUGGCGCAGGUGGGCUACUACCUCGACGAGGACGCCAACUGGGCGCUCGACGUCGCCGAGCUCGAGCGCGCCUACAGCGAGGGGAGUCGCCACCACGCCGUGCGGGCCAUCGUCGUCAUCAACCCCGGGAACCCAACCGGACAGGUGUUGACCCGCGCGAACAUCGAGGCCAUCAUCAAGUUCGCGCACAAGCACAGCCUGUUCGUGUUCGCGGACGAGGUCUACCAGGACAACGUCUACGACAAGGACAGCAAGUUCUUCUCAUUUAAGAAGGUGAUGACGGAGAUGGGUGCCCCGUACAACACGGUGGAGCUGGCGUCGUUCAUGUCCAUCAGCAAGGGCUACAUGGGCGAGUGCGGGCUGCGCGGCGGCUGGAUGGAGCUCUGCAACCUCGACCCCGACGUGCAGGCCAACCUCUACAAGGCCAUCUCCGCCAUGCUCUGCCCCACCACGCUCGGGCAGACUGCCGUGGAUUGCGUCGCUCGUCCGCCAGUGUCCGGGGAGCCUUCCUACGACUUGUGGCUGAAGGAGAAGACUGCCGUGCUGCAGUCGCUGGACAAGCGAGCCAAGAUGAUCGUCGACACAUUCAACAGCAUGGAGGGCUUCUCCUGUAAUGUUGUACAGGGUGCAAUGUACGCGUUCCCGAGCAUCCACCUGCCGCCCAAGGCCAUCGAGGCGGCUAAGGCGGCCAACCAGCUGCCCGACGUCUUCUACGCCUUCAAACUGCUGGAGGAGACAGGUAUCUGCGUGGUCCCGGGGUCCGGGUUCGGGCAGCGUCCCGGCACGUACCACUUCCGCACCACCAUCCUGCCGCAGCCGCAGCUGCUGCAGGAGAUGCUGGACAUCUUCCAGGCCUUCCACCAGAAGUUCACCAAGGAGUACGCGUAACUGCGCCGAGCUGCCUGACGACGCCGCGGCAGCUAUCACUCUGCAGUGAUAGUCACCGCACUCAAUGUAUUACCUAUUGUGAUUCGUUUGUAGCUGCGAUGUAGGGAAAUCAUUUUAUACUUAAGGUUAGCUUCCAAUCAAUCGAAUGCAGCUAAGUACCAUUGCAACAUGAGACGAAUGCCAUUCAAUCGUUUUAACUGGCUUUGUAUGGAAAAUAUUUAUAGCUAAGCCGUCAAUAGGUUCUGUAUUAAAUAUUUUAUGCUUUUAAUGCUCGAUAUCUCGUAUAUUUAUCAUCUGAUAAUUUGGUUUAUUAUAGUAAGUAAUAGCGAUUUAACUAAAUGCCGUGACUGUAAUGUAGUGCAGCUAUUACCUUAUCGUAAUGUAAGGAUUAUAUUUGUCUCGCUUGUAUAAACAGAAUAUUUAUGUACUAUCAUAAUUAUCUGAUUAAAUUAUGUAAUAACACUAAAAUAUGUAUAGCGAAAGUAUUUGUGCCCUGUAUCGCAGUUACAAACUCGUUAAGUAAACAGUCAGUAUGUGCAAACAUAGCGUUAUGUUCAGCUAGUAGUACUGUUCACUACAGCGAGUUACAUUUGUACACCCGCUGUAGGGAACAGAGUUGGUAUUGUUUGUAAGUGAAUGUAUUGAGACACCAAUCUCCGCAGGGCUAGGCUCUAAUGUCUGAAUAACACAAUAUUUUGUUACUGAUAAGUACAGUUAGCUACAUAAUUAUGUACGCAUACUAGCUAGCUGCAGAAUAAGCGUCGUCACUCCGCGUCCGCCGGACGACUGACGCGUCACGUGCCAUGCCCACUAGUCGCACUGGAUACUCUAUGUAUUACACACAAACGAUUAUAUCUAGGCGGUACUAUUGUAUAUUAUUAUUUGUAUUAUACUAAGCGAAUGCUUUUACUUGCAUCUAAUCUUUUUUGUUGUUUUACUCACGAAGUUUUUCUUCGCAUGUAUUGACGAGGCGGGACAUAGAUUACAAUAAAUUGAUCGAAUCUGUUGCUUGCACUCGGAAACGUGUUGAUCAUUAAUCAGCUACAUCGAUGGCACAUUGUUGAGACUUAUCGAACAUUUUUCGAUCAGUUUAGGCAUUUAACCUUUAGCCACAGGUCCCGCAACGUUUCUUGUACAAUAUUGUUUUCAAUCAACAACUAUACUUGUUUUUUUUUUCUACUAAAUAAUCAAUAUGUGAUCAAGUAACAACGUCUUUUGUUGUUCAGUCGGAUAUAUUAACUUAAGCUUAAUUUUUCCUUUUUUUUGUUAUUAAUUUAUCUAUAAAUAUUUAUAUGCUAAUUCUGGAUGUACCUAUGUAUAAAAUGUUUUGAAAAGACAUUACAAUUUAUGAAAUUCAUUCUAAAUGGAAACCUACCAACACUAUGGCGAUCAACUUAUUUUUUUACCUCAAAAAAAUGCUUUUGAAUAUAGCUAAGGUUUCUCAUGAUGAAUUAGAAACGAUUCGUCGUCAAAAGUGCAAUAAGUACAGUGAAUAGGUGACAUUCCGCGCAGGGGCGCGAGUGAAGCAAUGUGAUUGCGUUUCUGCAUGUAGUUAAGUGAUUGUUAUUGCGUUGUUAUUAAUCGAAUAAAGGUAUCAAAAAUCAA